GUCACGUGACGUAACGCGGAAGUGGUUGGAGUUAGCCUCGUCUCCGUGUAACAUUCAGAGGCUGCUCUACUUUAAUCGUGUUUUUAAAGUACUUUACUGCAGAUAAACACAAAUUACACAUUAGUUUGGAUGCCGCUUCGAGUCAAUAGCAGAGUUAUGGCCAGUGACAGGAUAGGACUCGAAUGAAACACAGCUCCUACCCAAGUUGAAGUACAAUGCCUGUGCCAGAAAUGGCCGAGUACGUGGUAGAUCACCACAAACGCUUCCAGGCUGCUGUGGAUGUCAUUCAUAAACUCCCCAAAAAUGGAUCCUACCGGCCGUCGUAUGACGUGAUGCUGCGCUUUUACGGUUUAUACAAGCAGGCAGUGUGCGGACCCUGUGCAGUUCCAAGACCUGGCUUCUGGGAUCCAGUGGGGCGCUACAAAUGGGAUGCUUGGAAUCAGUUGGGAGACAUGAGCAGUUCAAGUGCCAUGGCAGCGUACGUGGAUGAGAUGAAGAAAGUAGCACAAGAGGUCAUUGACACCAUGCCCAUAAAUGAGAAGACCGCCUCACUCUUUCACCAUUUUGAGCCUCUCUACGUGGUUAUUGAUGACAUGCCGCGGCCUCCGCAGUCGCUGCUAAGGCUCAGAGAAGCGCCAGGACAGCGUAACGGUUUGGGCUUGAACAGCGACUCUGAGAACGAGACCUUCUGUGACUCUGUCGAUUCCGUGGAGCAACUCUCUAACCUUAAGAUACCACUUGUCAAGUUUAACGGGCUUCACGACGGACAUGAGGCCUUGGAAUCGACAUCGUCCCUCGGAGAAAGCCCGUUGGAGAGCAGACAGGUGGGGGCGGGCUGUGGUGGAGAAGGGAGGAAGAAUGCAAAGGAUCGGGAUCCGAACAGAAGUCGAGCCGCUGGACAGCAAGGUUCUAACCGCAGUGGGCGAGAUGGCGGUGUUCCAAUGAGCAGAAGACGGCGUGGUGUGGCCGCUGGUGGCGCUGGCGGCGAGGAGCGAGCGGGAAGAGAUGGUUCUGAUAAUGCGCCAGAGAGGGGGCACGAGGCCCAGCUUCAGCAGCAAAUCAUCCUGGCUCUGAGAAAACUCCGGGAUGACAUGAGGAGUGUGAUGGAACGCUUGGAGGCGUUGGAGAGGCUCACAGCCACACACGCUUCUGGUGCAGAGUGGAGACCCUGCCUGCAAUGUGCUAAUGUAGCCCCUCAGCAUCACGAGGAGAAGUGGUGGCCGUUUGAUCUGUCCUGUCAGACACUUCUUCUCUUCCUGCUGUGGCCGUUUGCUGCUCAAGGUGUGGUUCAUCUACUCCGAAAGUUCCACAGAAGAAGCCCCUUGUCUUCAUGAGACCGUGAGGAAGACGUCAUUCAAAAAAACGUAGGGUUUUCCCUGGGGAAGGAGUCAAGUUGAUGGAGGUGGAAUUGGAUACUACGGACUUCAUUAUGCUACAGAGUCUACCCAGGUACGCGUCAAGCUCCAGCAGACACUUUUGGGGGGGGGGCAUGUAGCAUGCAUACACAAUAUCUUCACUGAACUAACUGUACAUUCAGUCACUCACUGUUUUCUUUACUAUUUUUGCAGCUCAUGCAAAACAUUUCAAUACAAAUAGUCAUCAUAUAAUCACAUGGCCAGUUAUUAGAUCAUAUUAUCAUGGAAGGCUUGUCAGAAUCAAUAAGAUUACCCUGGUAAAAGAAGUAUUAGCCAAUUCAUUGAUGAUUGUCUCAUUUAUUGAAUUGAAAUUAUACUGUAAAUGAAUAAAUAAAAAAAGCCAGUACGGUGAUGAGUA